CCGGCGCCUUCUUAAAGGGGCCGGCGCGAUGGCCCUGCCGCCCUCCCCGCCCGCGCUCCUCGUGCCCGACUGGCACCGGACCGCCCAGGGCCAGGAACAGCUGGCCGCCCUGCUGCGCCGCACCCGCCAACGGCCCUGCGGGCUGAUCGAGCGCCCGGUGCUGCCUCCGCAAGUAGCUGCUGACACCGCCAGCUACAAGAUCUACGUGUCCGGGAAGAGUGGGGUGGGCAAGACGGCCCUGGUAGCCAAGCUGGCCGGGCUUGAAGUCCCCGUAGCCCACCAUGAAACCCCAGGGAUCCAGAUGACAGUAGUGUACUGGCCAGCGAAGCUGCAGGACAGCAACCGGAUCCUCAUCUUCCGCUUUGAGUUCUGGGACUGCGGGGAGGCGGCCCUCAAGAAGUUUGAUCACAUCCUGCCCGCCUGCAAAGAGAGAGCAGAUGCUUUCUUCUUCCUCUUCUCCUUCACCGACCGCUCUUCGUUCGAGGAUCUCCCCAACCAGAUUGCCCGAGUGGCCGAUGACGCCCCCAGGGCCGUCAAGAUGGUGAUAGGCUCCAAGUUUGACCAAUACAUGCACACGGACGUGCCCGAACGGGACCUGACAGCCUUCCGCCAGACCUGGGGGCUGCCCCUGCUGCGGGUGAAGAGCGUCCCUGGGCGACGGCUAGCCGACGGACGCACCCUGGACGGCUGGGCCGGGGUAGCCGACGUGGCCCCCGUCCUCAACAGCCUGGCGGAGCAUCUCUGGCACCAGGACCGGGUCUCCGCCGGGCUGGUCCCCGGCCCCCGGGAGGUUAGCCCGGAUUGAGAAAGGAGGUUGUGCCCCGCAGAUGGGCCAGCGGGGCACAUUCCAGCCUUGCUGAUCAGGCUGGCAGAGGGAGGGGCAUGAGGUGACAUUACUGGGGCUAAGCAAUACUGAAGAGGCCUCCCGCCCCCAAUGCUGAAUUGGCAGCCCCAGGGUGUGCAGACGGAGGAGAGGGUGCAUCCUGGUGCCCAAGAGCACUACCGACCUCCCUGCUGAUCUGAGGGGUUCAGCCCACAAAACAGCCUGAGGAGCACGCCCCUCCUCCCCUCCCUGACCCUCUCCCUCCCUUCUCCCAUCAUUCCCAGUUCUGGACGCCACGUGCAGGUUAGCAGAGCCCGGUGACCCGAUUCGGGUGAUGCUGGCAGAUCCGGCCCUGCAAGCUCCAGAAAGGAUUUUCCAUAGGUGGCAACUGGUCUCGAUUUCAGGAAGAGCACUGUACCGGACCAGUGAGAGAGAUACCGUCCCCAGCCCGCCUUGAUGCAGGGGCAGGAGGUGCUUUGUUUGCCCUAUCACAUCCUGCUCUGUGCCCCUUCACCCGGAGAACACGGGCAGAGGCCAGGUGACCCAGAGGGCCUCUACCCUUGCCCCACAUCCUUAGGGCAUGAGACUCUAACCGGUGAUUGCUGAUAUUCCUGAUGGGGCCCCAGAAGAGGCUCUCUCCUGUGGCCCUUAGAUGCCCUUCUUGCCCACUGCCCUCGUGCCUACAGCCAAGCUCAAGCCCAAAGAAGUAACCAGUGAGCAGGCACCGUGAGGGCCGGGCUUGAGGCCUGAGGCAGGGGGACUGAGGUUCCACAGGACCUCAUAGGGGGAAGGGAGGCCGUAUGUAUUUCUGAAACCAAUAAACAUUUUGGGCUUCAGUGA